AAAGCCUAGGAACCAUCAGAACGCAACUCCCGAAAGCCCCAAAUCAACAAAUUUAGGGUUCUUCAAGAUCCAGAUUUGGGACGGAGGAUGAUGGGAGCGCACCGCCGAUUCUGGCUCGCUGAUGGACUUAUGGUGGGUACAAUCGAGAUGGGUAAGUGAGUUGGCAUUUCUUCAUUUCUGUUCACUGUGCAAAGAGAAAGGCAUAACUUGAUUGACGCUUUACUGUUAAACUCUCCGUGAAUCGUAGUAGAAACUGAAAAGCCAUCUUCUUUUGCAAAACCCUAAAUUCGGAUUUUGAUUAGCUUUCAUGGAAAGCGAGGGUGAGGUAAAAGCUACUGCAAGUCCCCGAGGCGAAGGAGUUUGUAGUGAGAGUGAGAGUAUAAUAGAUGUAUUUAGCAAAUUUCCAGACCAGAUUUCCCAUCACAUUGUCUCCUUUCUUACUGUGACCGAUCUCAUUCGCUUCGGUUGUGUGUCUAAAAGAUGCAGAGAGCUUUGCCUGUCAUCCCCUAAGUUGAACUUCGAUGGGUUUUCGUUAGCGAAUACGUCCACGUGUUAUUACCGGCUCAAGUUGUUGAGUUAUUUGGAUAGGUUCUUUUUCUAUCGCGGGGAUAGUAAGAUACAGAGCUUUCGUGUUCGUUGGUUUAAGCAUGAGGAAUACAAGCUUGAGGAAUACGAGGGUGAAGAACCACCGUGCUUCUGUGCUCGUGAUUGCUACGAAGGUACCCGAAUGUUCACAUGGAUCCAAAAUGCGGUUAGGUGUAAGGUCGAAGUGCUGGAUCUUGGGACGGAUGUAUAUGACUCGGAGCAUGAACUACUUCCGUCUUGUGUCUUUCAAUGUGAAACUUUGAGGUAUCUAGUGCUGCAUGUGAAUUGGACGAUUCUUAGGACUCCCUCGUUCACUUUUCCAUCUAAUCUCAAGUAUUUGGAGUUGAAAAAAAUCUUUAUAGAAAAUGAGGGAUUUUUCAAGUGGAUCUCCUGUUGCUGCAAAUGCAUCGAGGAGUUAAAUCUUCAAGAAGUUCAUGGGAUAGAAACUAUGACCAUCAAAAGCUCGUCUCUGAAAAAACUGAGCUUUUCUGGUUUUUCAGUUGACCUCUGCCAUAUUAACAUCUCGUGUGAGAAACUUGAAGGUAUAUUUAUAUGCUGGUCUUUUGCCUCAGCCAGCAACAAAUCCUUAAAUAUCUUUGCCCCAAAUCUCAAGCAUUUGAACUGGCUUGGGAACAUGGUGAAACACCCAAAUCUGGGAAAAUUUGAAUGCUUGGCUGAAGCUAUACUUGCCUUGAAUUCUCAAGGGGAUGACAAGGACAAUGUAUUUGAGGUUCUUGACAGUUUUUGCAGGGUUAAAGUUCUUGUUCUGAAUGAAGUGACCAUUAAGGGCCAUUUCAGGGGUGGAUCCAGGCCAGCUCCAUUAUAUGAUACCUUUUGUUUGGGUAUAAGUAUCGAAACCUUCGUUGAUGAGUUGAUCCCAGCAAUUGUCUUCCUUUUGAGGGGAAUGCCUAAUCUGUUCAAUUUAGUAUUAAUGAAGUACAAUCCACCUCUUGAGGCUCCUGAAUCUAAUACAUCUGGGAUUGAUAUCAAAUACUGGAAGUUGCAAAACCUUGCAUUUGUUUAUCAGCUUAGGCAGGUUACCAUAGAGCUUGGCAAUGGGUCUAAUGGAAUGGAGUUCGCGAAGUAUUUGCUCGAGUGUGCGCCAAAUUUGGAGAAAAUGGUCAUUGUUUAUUUACCCCAGGAUUUGGAGAAAGUUGCAAAGAAGUUGGAGAAAAGCAAGAUUUUCAAUGCCGCCGCAGCUGUCUGCUUUCAAGAAAAAUCAAUCAAGAGAUAGAAGAAUGUACUUCCGAUCGUUUUCAGGAUUUCUUUAUGUUGCAAUGUUGAAACCUUUGUAUGCUGAGAUUAUCAGAAGCAUCGUUUCAGGA